GCAUUCAAAUACUGUUGCCGAUCUCGCUGCGAGAAACUCGAGAAGAAACAGAUAGCUUAUGCAUGCCUAACCAGAGUGGUGAGGCAAGGCGGCUUCCGCGUGGUUCUCGUCGCCCGGUACAGCGCAAUCCCUCCUCAUUUUUCGACGGCUGUCUUCUCUACAUGCGGCGUCGGAAUUAUAUCAUUUUCCAUGGCGGCCUUGCUGUCUCUGCCUAGACAAAUGCUGAACGUCUACCUGGGUGUGAUCUUUUUGCAGACUUAUGAAGGUGAUAUCGAUACCUCUCGCAACCCUUUGUUAUUCUGA